UUAGGAAGUUUGCUGCUAUAGAAAAUCCAAUUGUAUAUAAAUGAAUAUAAAAAAAUCGCGUAUAUAACUACAACAUAUGUAUUGAAAAACAAAAAUAAACUACAAAAUUUCUAGAGUGUUAGAAUAAAAAAAUGCAAUAUUUUGCCGCAAAAAAAAAAACACAGGCGAACUUUGUACUGCCUAAAAUUUAGUACUUACUGGAGGAAGCAAAGACAACAAUAACAUUACUGACGAUUUGUAUUCGAAAAGCAGUCUUUCAGAGUUCCACCCAAACUUAGCUUUUUGGCCUUAUUCAUAAAAAAUAAACAUUUAGAGAGUUGGGCAUGGAUAUGGAUAAAAUUCGGAAGCGUUUAGAUUCAAACAGCAAAAUAUUUGAUACUACUAGAGAAUGGUACCUUCGAUUGGUCAGCAGCUUCUCCGCACAUAUUCUGGUUCUAUUUCAAAGUCGUGGUUCCUUGAUGUUGCGCACGAUAAUCACCAAGCCGAUCUUUAACAGCACACUGAUGAUGAAUGACUGUGUCCACCUAAAAUAUGUACAUUCUUUAGAGCAACUAGAGGACAUGGAUGUGCGUGAAAAUUUGCUCUCGUUUACAAUGGGACAACGCGGCUGUACAUUGCUGGUAUUUAAGGGAUAUAAUUACGUACGAAAUCGACGUAGCGGCUUGAAGACUUAUUGGAUAUGCGCCAAAAAGGGCAGCACAAAGUGUAAUGCGCGUGUAGUCACCAAUGUUAUCGAUGGUGUGCAAAAAAUUGUCUUAGAAUCGUGCCGACAUAACCAUGCGCAAAAAGUUGCGCGCAAGAAGCGCAAAAAAUCCUUAGAGCAAGCAGUGCAAGCAAUUUUAAACUUUGAAGAUCCAAUCAAAUAUGAGCAAUUACAAUUAAAAAGCGGCGAAGAGCGCAGAAUUUGGCGAGCUACAACUCCUACCUGAUGAAUUUUAAAAUAAUCGAUUAUAAAGUUUUAGGCGAUAGUAAAAAAAAUAUAUACUAGACUAGUGUAAAAAAAGUUUAUAUAUUUGUUUAAAGUUUUUUUUUUUUUUUAAUUUGCCGCAGGGUGUGUGAUUUACAUUGAGCACCUCAUUUGCAUUUGUUCAUUUGGCGGC